GAGAUGAUGGAAAGAAUAAGAAAGGAGAUGAUCCUGAUGGAACGAGGGUUGCACAGCCCGACGGCGGGCAAACGGCUGGCCAGCCUGUCCGACUCCGCCGGCGCCGCGGUGCUGGAGGCCCUGGAGAACUCGCCCCACCACCACGGCGGCCGCCUCAGCCCGCGGCUGCCUCCGGCCUCCCUGCACGGCGCCCUGGGGGACCUGCCCGGCAAAGGCAAAUUCGAGAUCGACGCUUUGUUCAACCUGCAGCAGCAGCAGCAGCAGCAGCAGAGCGGCGAGGGCGUCGGGGCCGCCGAGCUGCCGCCGGCCGAGAGCCGCAAGAAAAUCGGCCAUUACUCCGAAGUGGCUCAGGAGGCAGAGAUGAACAGCGACGUGGAGGUGGGCUGCUCGGCUCUGCGCUCGCCCGGCGGCCUGGCCGCCUCGCAGCUGAAGGAGAACAACAACAAAGGCUAUUCGGAGAACAGCUCCACGCCCAGCACCACCACCUCGUCGUCGGGUUCGAGUCUCAGCAGCCUGCACAGCGGGAGCGCUCUGGGGAGUUCGGGCUCCAGCGCGGAUCAAGUCCGGAGGUACCGGACCGCCUUCACCCGGGAGCAGAUCGCCCGGCUGGAGAAGGAGUUUUACCGGGAGAACUAUGUCUCUCGGCCCCGGCGGUGCGAGCUGGCCGCGGCCCUCAACCUCCCCGAGACCACAAUUAAGGUGUGGUUCCAGAACCGGCGCAUGAAGGACAAGCGGCAGCGGCUGGCCAUGUCGUGGCCCCACCCGGCGGAUCCCAGCUUCUACACCUACAUGAUGACCCACGCGGCGGCCACCGGCAGCCUGCCCUACCCCUUCCACUCCCACGUGCCGCUCCACUACUACCCCCACGUCGGAGUCACCGCGGCGGCGGCGGCUGCGGCGGCCACCGGCGCCACCGCCUCGCCCUUCGCCGCCUCCAUCCGCCCGCUGGACACCUUCCGCGCCCUCUCGCACCCCUACUCCCGCCCCGAGCUCCUCUGCAGCUUCCGCCACCCGGGCCUCUACCAGGCGCCCUCCGCUGCCGCCGCCGCAGCCGCUGCAGCCGCCGCAGCCGCCUCCUCGGCCGCCCCUCCCACCGCCCCCACCGCCGCCCCCUGCUCCUGCCUCAGCUGCCACAGCAGCCAAGCCGCCGCCGCCGCCGCCCUCGGCUCCCGCACCCCAGCCGCCGAUUUCACCUGCGCCGCCGCAGCUGGAGCUGCCACCGCCCCCCAUGCGCCCCGCUCCGAGAGCGGCUUCCUGCCUUACUCCGCCGCCGUCCUCAGCAAGACGGCUGUGGCCUCCCCGGACCAGCGCGACGACGCCCCCCUGACCAGAUAA